AUGUGGCGGUAUUUCACUCGGAAUAAAACCAGACGGUAUUUAGAGGUCUUACCGGAUUUAGUGUAUGCUUACAAUCAUACCUAUCAUCGCAGUAUCCAAAGAGCCCCAGCUCAAGUGAAGCCCUCGAAUGUGUUAAAAGUCUGGAAAACAUUAUAUGGGGAAUCACAGACAUCUCCUAAACCCCCCAAGUUUAAAACAGGAGAUAAGGUCCGCAUCAGUAAAGCCAAACGCACUUUUGAAAAAGGAUAUUUACCUAACUGGACCACGGAAAUAUUUACCAUUGCUCAACGAGUCCCAGGUCGGUAUCCUUACGUGUAUCGAGUACAAGAUUACAACAAGGAGGAAUUAGAAGGGACUUUUUACGAGAAAGAAUUACAACAGAUCAUUAAAAAAGACGACGUGUACGAAGUGGAGGAAAUCUUGGGGUAUAAAAAGCGACGAGUCGGGAAGAAAAUCAUUCAAGAAGUCAAAGUCCGGUGGAAAGGAUAUCCCCCUAGUUUCGAUUCAUGGAUUCCUCAAACGGAUCUCAUCCAGUAA